CGGCGUCGGGGCGUGAAGGGGCGGGAGGAAGGAGACGACUUGGUGGCGUCGCGCGAAGGGGGCGGGGCCUGCAACGUCGGCCCGAACGAGGGGACGCAACGGAGGCAGGUCGGAACCGCUGCCGUCGCCAUGACCCGCGGUAACCAGCGAGAGCUCGCCCGCCAGAAGAACAUGAAGAAGCAGAGCGACUCCGUUAAGGGAAAGCGUCGAGAUGAUGGGCUUUCUGCUGCCGCCCGCAAGCAGAGGGACUCGGAGAUCAUGCAGCAGAAGCAGAAAAAGGCAAACGAGAAGAAGGAGGAACCCAAGUAGCUUUGUGGCUUCGUGUCCAACCCUCUUGCCCUACGCCUGUGUGCCUGGAGUCAGUCCACCAUGCUCGAGUUUCUUCCUGUAGCGCUCACAGGUCCCAGCACCGACGGCAUUCCCUUUGCCCUGAGUCUGCAGCGGGUUCCUUUUGUGCUUCCUUCCCCUCAGG